GACAAAUAUCGUAAAUUUUGUGUCACUCACAAGUCACAACCAUUGAAAUGAUUAUGCACUCUACCUGUUUGAUAAAAACUCUUUUAGAUGUUAACAGCUUAAUUUUACCAGAACUUAAAAGCUUUGUUUGAUUAUAUGUAUUUGCAGCAAUCAUGAUGGUGGUAAUGUUACCUAGUAAGCUAGUAUCUUGAUUGAAUGAAUCUGCAAGAGGACACCAAUUCAUAUCCUUGUUUGGAUUCCUCAGUAGAAGAAUGGAGGUAUCUCUCAUUAUUGACCAGCAAAAUAACACUCUGACAAAAGUAGCUGCAUAUGCACAACAGAAGAAGAAGAGAGGACCAUAACUAAAGUAUGAUACAGAAUUCAUACUCUUUUUAUUAUACUGAGCAGAUAUAAUUUAUAUAAAGAACUUUGUCUUUCUCCUUUCUAGGCAUGCAGCACAGAACUAAUUAAUUCAUUUAGCAUUCAUAAAGCAAUUACCAAAAAAGCAUUCAUUAAGUAUGACAAUGACAAGUUGUAGGAUCUAUAUUUUCGGAGGUCGCGAUUCCUUGCAAUCACACAUUUAGGAAAAUCACUACUACAUAAGGGCGAAUCGUAACAUCUUUAAAUCUCUAUGCUUCAAAUUUUAAUUACUCAAUGAAUGUUUAAAUUGAUAAACUAUUGAUCCUAAUAUGAUGUUUAAAAUCGUUUCUCAAUUUUACAAGACAAAUCGUCUAAUCCGUUAUAAAUGGAGUGGUGAUUUGUCCGAAUGUGUGACCGUAGGGAAUUUCAACUGUGUAAAAUCUAAAUCCUCAAUUCCCUCCUGUCACACAUUUGGGGCAUCGCCGCACUAUUUGUACAAUGCUUUUAGUAAACUAAUAAUUUCAAGCAUCAAAUUAUCAUCAAUAUUUAUAUGAUUAUUAUAUCUUAAAAGAAAUCAACUUCCCAAGCUGUAGUAGACAGUAGCAAUAGUUGAUCUCAAUCUAUUUUUGUUGUUUAAUUUUUGUUUAAUUUCUGAGAUUCCGAGGUUAAUUUGGUUGGCUUUUGAAGUGCUGCACAACAAUGUCAUAGAUUUGGAAGACAGGUUGGAGGCUAUCAAUUUGGAAAAGAAGAUGAGAUCGAAUAGAGAACCAAAAUGGCUUGAUUCCAUCCACCUCAUCCCACAAAAAUAAUAAUAAAUACAUUCAUUAUUAAUUAUUGUGUUUAGUAUAAUAUAGAACAAGAGAAAGUGGGUUACAACAAGAAAAGUUGGUCUUGUGGUCUUUGACACUUCAUUGGAUACAGCAUCUACAAUUGUUGUGUGGGUGCCCACAAGCAGCUUUUUUGUCUGUUUAUUUUAAUAUCACACUCUCUCUUCUACUCUUCACACCCCAUCAAGCAAAGCAAUGUUCUUUUGUUGUACUAGUACAUAAAUACUUUCAUCAAGAGUGUCUUCUUUUUUUCCUUUCAUUGCUCAGACAAUAAUGAUUUUUCUUUCUGUUAAGGGAGCUGAUGUUUGUGGAAUCCGAGGAUGAGUUUGUUGCUAGUGUUUUUGAAUGUAGAAAAGUAGCACUAAACAGAAUCAUGAAUGCACGAGUGUUUUCAUUGAUGUGUUUUUAGAACAUACAAAAAAAACUAGCUUCUUUUUUUUUCUUCCACCCUUUAUUAACCUCUCUCUUUUUUCACUCUUCAUUCUCUUUGGAUUUUGUGUUUGUUUGUUUGUUUUGUAUUUUUUUUUCCUCAAUGUCUCAACAAAGACAACCUCAUAUGAUGAGUGGUGGUAACAACCAAGAUCAAUAUAGUGACACAACAUUUACCAAAAUUUUUGUUGGUGGGUUGGCUUGGGAGACUCAAAGGGACACAAUGAGAAGGUAUUUUGAGCAAUUUGGAGAGAUCUUAGAAGCUGUUGUUAUCACUGAUAAGUAUACUGGGAGAUCUAAAGGUUAUGGUUUUGUGACAUUUAAGGAUCCUGAGGCAGCUAUAAGAGCAUGUCAGAAUCCCUCUCCUGUUAUUGAUGGAAGAAGAGCUAAUUGCAAUAUUGCUUCUCUUGGUGCUAACAAGAAUAGAUCAGUAACUCUUCAACAUGGAAGGUUUAGGCCUCCACAUGGAGUGAUGGCACCAGUUCCUUAUCAUGGAUCUUCAUCAUCCACAAUUUUCCAUCAACCUACCACUAGACAGUACACAUUACCUUAUUCAGCAUAUGGAUAUUCUGGAUAUUCACAAGACACCUUGUAUCCUCCGCAGAACUAUUACAAUGUGUAUGGAGUUCAACAAUAUUCACCUUACUACCCAUCUGUUGGAGGUGCUGGAACAAUGGGGUUGGUGCAAAAUAUGUACCCUUACUAUGGACAAUAUGCACAAAAUAUCCAUGGUCCUGGUUUUGGAGUUCAGUACCCUCAAAUGACACAGAUUCCGGUUUUGUCUCAGAAUUAUGGUUCCACUGGAAUAUUGUCAUUUCCUUCUUCAGCAGCAUUGCCAACCAUUACUACAGCAACCGAAGCCGCAACCGCAACUACUACGAUAGCAACAAACGUGGUAAUUACCGAGGUUACCGGUUCACAAGCUACUGAAACAACAGACUCUGAACAACAACAUUCAACAACUUGAUCUCAACAAGGUUAAAAAAGAUACAUGGUGUCUUACAAGUUACAAGGCUAACCAAACCUUAACCACAUUCUCAAUUCAUCAUGACAAAAUUUACCAUCAUCAUCAUUAUCAUGAUCAUCAUAAGUAUUUUCUUUUUAAGAAAAUAUGAUUUUUUUUUUUUUUUUAAAUUAGAACUAGGUAAGAUCAUAUUCAUUCAAGUAUUCAGCAUAGGGAAGAAUCUAAUUAUUUAAGCUUUGGAUUCUACCUUUUAGAGUAAUUCAACUCUUUAUUAUGUCUAGGGUGUUGGAAGCAUCCAAUGACAUAAUAGUCCUUUGUUUAUAAUUUUAGUACAUGGUUUCAAAAGAUUGAUUUUAUAUCUUUGAAACCCUUUAUUGGCUGGUCAAUUAGGAAGAAAAAAAUUGAGCUUAGGUAGCUCAAUAAUUUAUUAUGUAUUUUAUUUUUCUGAAUAUUUUUUUUUCUCUUCUUCUAAGGAUAAGAUUAAUUGAAAAGAAAAUAUUUGUUUGUUUCUUUUUCACAUGUAAUGAUGUUUUUUUUACCAUUCACCUUUCACUAUCACUUUACAUUCUUUUUUAUUUUUAAAUGAAUGAAAUCUCUU